GCCCCUCAUUUCACAUAAAACUUUGGUCAUGUCAUCAUCUUGAUGUGCAUGCGCAGCUGUUCUUCUGUUUUUGUGGUUUUGCAUUUUAGCAACGAAUUUUUCCAUUCGCAUUGGAUCAAUAAUUCGUGGUUAAAUUGUUUAGAUAAGAAAGUUGGUUGUACUUCUGAUUAUGGAAUAAUCUAUAUUCAUAAGUUACUGGUUUCACUCUUUCUAGACUCACUGGAGAGGAUUUAGAGAAACAUACCAAAGUAAACUUAAUUUCACCGUCGUUCGAUUAUUACGUACACCAGGUUGGCUAGACUAUUUUCACAAUGGCAAUGAUUAUGAAAGCAGCAAAAUGUCCCACCGAUGAGCUGUCGCUGAAGAACAGAGCUAUAGUCAACGCAGGCGACUUUCCCGCUGAUGUCAAAUAUAUUGAUCUAUCUACAGCACCUGGUCAGCAUUUCAUUUUUUACAUCGAACGUACGGUUUCUGGUGAAAUUAAUCCUGGAACCAUAGGGUUUUCAUUACUUCAACGGAAGUGGGCGACACUUUCAAUCAAUCAAGACAUUAGCGUCAAACCAUAUCAUUUCGAACGAUCAUCUGAAGUUCUCUGCAGUAUUGCUCUUGAGGUAGAUUUUCUACAGAAAAAAACUGUAACACAUGAGCCAUACGAUAGUGAUCAAAUGGCAAGAGACUUUUUGCUUCAGUUUGCAGGAUUAGCUGUUACGGUUGGACAGCCAUUGGUUUUCAGUUUUCAAGAUAAAAAAUUGCUAUGCCUAGCAGUGAAAACUCUUGAGGUAAUUGAUGCCGCAGCCAUGGCUGGUGGUGCAUCAUCCAGUGGAUCUGGUAACGGUCCGGUAGAACCUAAACGAGUAAAUUUUGGUCGAUUGCUUGCAAACACUGUUGUGACGUUUGAAAAAGCUGAAAGCUCUGGGUUAAAUCUUGUUGGACGUUCUAAAGGUCGGGUAACGGCUGUGAGACAGUCUAUCAUUAAUCCUGAUUGGGAUUUUGGAAGAAUGGGCAUUGGUGGAUUGGAUCGUGAAUUUAAUGCGAUAUUUCGACGUGCUUUUGCUUCGCGUGUUUUCCCACCAGAGGUGGUUGAACAACUGGGAUGUAAACACGUAAAGGGCAUUCUUCUAUAUGGACCUCCUGGUACUGGUAAAACACUUAUGGCGCGACAAAUUGGAACAAUGUUAAAUGCUCGAGAACCAAAGAUAGUAAAUGGUCCGCAGAUUUUAGAUAAAUAUGUCGGUGAAUCAGAAGCUAAUGUGCGUCGACUAUUCGCUGAUGCCGAAGAGGAAGAAAAAAGACUUGGACCAGCAAGUGGUUUACACAUAAUAAUUUUCGAUGAAAUAGAUGCAAUUUGUAAAGCUCGUGGUACUGUCGGCGGAAAUUCUGGUGUGCAUGAUACGGUUGUCAACCAACUGUUGGCAAAAAUAGAUGGUGUUGAGCAAUUAAACAACAUUUUGGUAAUUGGAAUGACCAAUCGAAGAGAUAUGAUAGACGAAGCAUUGUUAAGACCUGGUCGUCUAGAAGUUCAAAUGGAAAUCAGUCUUCCUAAUGAAGAAGGUCGUGUGCAAAUUUUGAAUAUACAUACUAGACGCAUGAAGGAGUUUAAAAAGUUAGCUCCUGACGUAGACUUGCGCGAGCUUGGUCAAAAGACUAAAAAUUUUAGCGGUGCUGAACUGGAAGGAUUGGUACGUGCAGCGCAAUCAACCGCAAUGAAUAGACUAAUAAAAGCAGCUUCGAAGGUCGAAGUGGAUCCUGCGGCCAUGGAAAAGUUGAUGGUCACUAGAGAAGAUUUCUUACAUGCCUUUGAAAACGAUAUCAAACCUGCUUUUGGCACAGCAGCAGAAGCCCUAGAAAACUAUUUAACAAGGGGCAUUAUCAAUUGGGGCCUACCAGUGGCUCAUAUUCUUGAAGAUGGUGCUCUUUACACAGAACAAGCUCGAGGAACAGAAGGUUCUGGAUUAGUUUCAGUGCUUUUAGAAGGCCCCCCAAAUGCGGGAAAAACUGCGCUGGCUGCUAAACUAGCGAAACUUUCUGAUUUUCCGUUCGUAAAAGUAUGCAGUCCUGAUGAGAUGGUUGGUUUUAGCGAGGGUGCUAAAUGUCUGCAAAUACGUAAGUACUUCGACGACGCUUAUCGCUCCACAUUCAGCUGUAUCCUAGUGGAUAAUAUCGAGAGACUGUUAGAUUAUGGACCAAUUGGUCCUCGAUACUCUAAUCUAACGCUUCAAGCAUUAUUGGUAUUACUGAAAAAGUCUCCUCCAAAAGGGAAAAAACUUCUCAUUUUGUGUACGACUAGCCGAAGGCAAGUGUUAGAGGAUAUGGAAAUGCUUUCGGCAUUUACUGCAGUACUACAUGUACCGAACCUUUCUACUGCGGAUCAUUUAAUUGCAGUACUCGAGCAGGAACCAGACGUGUUCGGUCGCAAUGAACUGGCUGCUAUUUACAAACGUUUAAAAGGACGUCGAAUUUUUGUCGGAAUCAAAAAACUAUUAGAUUUGAUUGAUUUAGCCCGUCAAAUGGAUCCGCAAACUCGUAUGAUGAAGUUUUUGUCAAAGCUUGAAGAGGAAGGAGCCAUUGAAGAUGCUACUGUGGCACAUUAAGCAAUAUUUAAAACAGCAUUUUCAAUCGAACCCCUUGUAACGAAUUUUUCAAUGUAGAUGCUCAUAACUAGCAAAUCUAAAUGUUCUACAAAUACCCGUCUUGACCAGUUAAAUCUUGCAUAACCAGCAAUUUCAUUUUUGUUCCCGAUAAGAAAUCGUGAUCAUUUCGAGAGCUACAUUACUAAGAAUUGUUAAAAUGUUGGAAUUGAUGUUUCCUAUCGUUAUUGUUGAUCAUGUAGCCAUUUUAAACUUAAAUUAUGCCCAUUUUUAUAGAAUAACGUCACGCAAAAUUAACUUUUGUUUUUCAUCAAAAAAUCAUAGCUAUGAAUGAAAAAUGAGCUCGACGGCAUCGUCCAUCGAUAGAAGAACGUCUAAUUUACAAAAUCUUGGCGCUUUCAACACACUUAAUCACACACAAAUCCACAAUUUCAAGCGUAUUAUAUACAAAUCGAGCAGAUAUGGGAAAAUAAUUUCAAGCAAGUGUCUCUUGGGUUGGGAAACGUCGUUUAAUAUUACUUCUCGAUUUUUUGAGUUUGUUUGCCUAUAUGCUAUAUCGAGCUGUCGUUAACUCUUUUGACGAUCGUUUAUUUAAACAGAAAUGAACAACAAAUGAACUCAGUAUAACCAAAAUGAACUUCAAACGACCUUUGAAAUGUGUUCAUUUAUUUGUGAUGCCGAAUCAUAGCUGAUAUCGCGAAUAAAUGAACACAUUUUAACAGUCGUUUAAAGUUCAUUUUGGUUUAACCGAGUUAAUUUGUUGUUCAUUCCUGUUAAAAUAAAACGUCAAAACAGUUAACGACUGCUCGAUAUCGCAUAUAGGCAAACACGGGGAAAAAAUUGAGCAUUAUAACUAAACGACUGUUAAUAUGCAUCGCAUAUGCUCUUGACAGUCAUUUGUUUAACAGUGGCAUAUGACCAGUCGUUAAAAUUAACAAAUGAACGUAAUGCGAUCGCGAUGCCAAAUUUUAGCAAUUUUUAACGACUCUGGUUAAUUUUUAACGACUGUGCUUAAUUUUUAACGACUCUUAAUUUUAAACUCUUUCUUUCGCGAUGUCGGCUAAUGUUUGCUUUACUGGGUUUAUCAAGUCGCUUUGCGAUGUGUGCUGCUCAAUUCAUUCCAUGAAUAUUCUGAUGUGCAACUUCAAUUGGCUCGAAAUAAUAGCUGGCAUCGCGAAAGAAAUAGUUUAAAAUUAACAGUCGUUAAAAAUUAACCAGAGUCGUUAAAAAUUGCUAUUUGGCAUCGCGAACGCAUUACGUUCAUUUGUUAAUUUUAACGACUGGUCCUAUGCGGUCGUUAAACAAACGAAUGUCAAGAGCGUAUCCGAUACAAAUUAACAGUCGUUUAAUUGUACUGCUCGAAUUUUUCCCCCGUGUUGGCCUAUAUGCCAUUUUGAGCAGUCGUUAACUGUUUUGACGAUCGUUUAUUUUAACAGGAAUGAACAACAAAUGAAUUCGGUCAAACCAAAAUGAACUUUAAACGACUGUUAAAAUGUGUUCAUUUAUUCGCGAUGCCGGCUAAUGUUCUAUUCCACCGCACGCAUUUUCAUCGCAUUUAAGAAGCUUUUUCAUUAGCCGCGUUCAGACACGGCAUAUUCUGCCAGAAAAUAUCUGUCAAACACACUUUCUCACUGAGGUAGGGGAAGUCUAGCAGCCUGUGGUGAAUCUUUUUCAGGUAAUGCAAGCUAUCUAUCGCUGGAUGGAUAACAAAAAUAUUUGCCUGCAAUCUUUUGACAGGACGAGAAAAAUAUCGUGUUUUUCGUGUUUAAACAUUAGUUUUCGAUUGCUUCCAAGUUUUCUAUGUUCUAACGGUUGUAUAUUUUGCAUUUCUUUCAACGAUCGUUGUAUUCUGGUAAGAUUCGUGGUGUGUAAACGCAAAAAUAUUGGCGAAUCUUUUUUGGACUUGUUUCUGGUGGAAGGGGAAAGUUUCGCGAAUAAAGAUAUGCCGUGCCGAACGUACCUAUUGGGGUUCCUAGCUGGAAUUGUCCGCGAUGUUUAUUAUACCUGCAAAUUGUAAGUGCUUUUUAUUUUUGUUGAAACAAUCGUAUUGUUUUGCAUAACAUAAAAGAUUACCUUUACUCCGCUGUAGCAUUGAAGAAAAAGUGGGUUGAAUAGCACAUCAUAUGUGUAGCACACAUUGCAAAGUGACUUGGUAAACCCUAAUAAAACGGACUUAAAUAAGAUGGCUUUGGAAAAAAAACUAAGACAGAUAAUUGUUUUUCUUAAACUUCCCAUGAAAGUUUAUUAUUCAAAUUUGUUAAAAAAAACGUACGCCUAUGAGAGCUGCCGUCCGGCAGUUAAACGGAAACAUCGCCAUGGCAAACGAAAACACGCGGGGAGGUGUUUAAGUUCUACCUUCUUUUUUAUCAAUUCCUCUGCAGUUUUCACGACAAAAUUGUUUAACGAUUGUUUACGUAUCAUAGUACAGAAAUUCUCAAUUAGACGCAGCUGGGAGAAGUUGAACCGAUUUGCUGACUAGGGUAUCACAUCGAUAUUCACCCGCUCCUAAAUCAUCACUGCGAGUUAUGGCGUCAUUGUCUGCCUCUGCGUUCAUAUUACACAGUUAAUUUUUCACUGUUUGGUCAGUUGCAUCGACCUAGCGGCCAAGCGCAUACUGUGAUUAAGCUACUUUUCCAACGGUCUUCCUGUUUAGAAUCUGUUGGAGCUUUUUGUCACCCAGGGUCGUCGGUCAUCCGAAGUCCAGCUUUCGUUAGAUGCUCCGAUUGUUGUUUAAAAGUGACAAAAUUUUUUAGGUGCCGGAACGUGCUGUCCGAUGUCCACAAAUUACUGCAAGAUUUCCGUUUUCGGCCGUACCGUUUUUUUAUCGCACACGGUUCUGAGCGGAGUUACUUUGCUUUUUUGGCCACCACGAUUAGAAUUCCACUGAUAUAGAUUAUCACUGUCAAAUUGGCUCGUGGGUUACUGUUAAUGAUAGUGCAUGAACGUUUUGCCGAUGCGAGCGAUGGCAAACCCAUAUAAAUUAGGCAUUUUUUAUAUUUUUUUAUGCUAACGCUCUUGGUCAUUUUGAAUUGUCCCUGAAAGCAUGUUAGGCAGCUUUACAGAAAAAUGUUCACCUUAAAAAAUCACAAACCUAUGAAAUCAAAUCAAAUAAAAAGUUUGUACCCAGUAUUCUAUUCAAUGGUAAAUUUUAUUUUUAUUUUUGAAACCUUCUAUGAAUCAGUACCUCAUUUAAAGCUACUUUGAAUGAUUUAACACAGGGGUCUUCUAAUUUUUCAGUUCACAGGCCGCAUUGCUUCGCAAGUAGUGUUGUUGAGGGUCAUUUUGGCUUUACUUUUAGUUAAACGAAAUUAAAAAUCUUAUUAUUAUAACAAAUUUCAAACUGAAAAUGUAAUAUUUCCACAGUUCUCUAAUACUGACUUAUACUUUUAGAUCUCUAAUACUUUUAGUGUCGUUUUAAAAUAGUUAAAAUAUAUAUUUUAAUAAAAAUUACUGAUAAUUAUAAAUUAUUUCAACCUUUUCAAAGCAAUCGCGAGCCGCAUGAUUGACUUUCAUGGCUACAUUUGGCCCCAACUACGUAGUUUUGAAGCCCCUGUUUUAAUAAAUAUAUAGUAAUUAUGAAUACUUUGUAAAAAACAUAAUUUUAGUGUCGUUCAAGGCUGUUUCAAUAUGCUUUGGAAAUUAAAGGGAGAUAAAAUAAAUUAAUACUUCCAAAUUAUCAAAUUUUUAAAUGUAUUUCUAAGUCAUAUGAUAAGGAGCUUAAAGCUUAUCAGUUCUAUUAUAGAAAUGUAGGGAAAUGUAUGAUAAUCAAUCUAUUUCAAAAUAUUACCCUUACUCAAAAACAAUGUGUAGGCGAAUCAUAGAUAAAACCAAUAAAAUCAAUGGAAUUUUCAUUAACCUAUUCAAUAAUAAGUACAGGAUGGCCACUCAAUCGGGUAAAACCGGGAAUUAGCUGGGAAUUUUAUUUUUCCGGGAAAACCCGGUAAAACAGGAAUAGGGUAAAUGUACCAGUAUUACAACAGUUUCAUAAAAACUUCUCCUACUUUAAUAAUUUUUAUUAUUUUUCAUGAAAGUGACAUUAUUUUUAACGAUAAACUAUCGUAUUCGGCCUCAGCGCAAUUUUUCGAUCGAAAAAAAUCGAUAGGCGCUCACGUAAAACUGACAGUAUAACUAUUUCUUUCAUACUCUUACAUGAAGUCGAUUCCUAUCGAGUUCAGUAUUUAGUGUCGGCAAACCAUUUUUUUAUAUAAUUAGUAAAUGAUUUUUUAUCACCCAAAAUAUUGAAAAAGAACCAAAACAAUUACCAACUUGCUUUUACAUAACGUUUUUAAACACCAUUAACCUUGAUCUAUCGCAUUUUUCUGAUAUUCGCUAAUUUCCGCAGUUCAAUGCGUCGCGGAUUUUUCCCCAUACAAAGCGUAACGAUCGAAUUUUUGUAGCAUAGUUCAUUUUGCUCGUGAGUGUCAUGGUAUACCAGUUUUCAAAAAGACUAUUAAAAAGAACAUUUUGGCGGCGAAAUGAGUGUCAACUGACACCAAAAUGACAGCCGGAUCGAUCGAAAAAUUGUGCUGAGGCCGAUUAUGUGUCUAUUUUUUAUUUGCCGAUUUUAAUGUAGUUUUUAGAGAUAUUGGCUGGUAUUAUUGAAUCCGUUCGUAGCGGGAACGUACGGCGCUCACAUAAAAUUUUAGGGAUAGCAACACAUUUCUUGAGCCCGCUCCUACAAUGCCGCGGUGAAUAACUGUAGCAACCAUCUAGUACGUUAAAAAAUGAGUGUCGGGACGUACGCCGCCGCUACGAACGGAUUCAAUAAUACCAGCCAUUCGUAAAAAUGCAAUUAAAGUUUUUGUUCCUAUUUUCGGCAGGCUGUGUUCCUAUUUUCGGCAGGGUGUGUUCCUAUUUUCGGCAGGCUGUGCUCCUAUUUUUGGCAACUCGAAUAUGGGUCGGUAAAUGUUUUAAUCAAUGCCAAUAGAUAGACAUAAAUGUUCAAUACGAUUUUACGUUCUCACUUUCCUAAGAUUGGUGUUGACAAGUACUUAAAUUAUUAAUUUUGUGGUGUUAUUUGUCAAAAAUCUACAUUCACCGUGUACCUAUUUUCGGCAGCAUUUAAAGUGAAUAAUUAUCUGUUUUUCGUUAUUUUAAAAUUCCAAUCAGGCUAAAAUAAAUUUUAAAACCAUAGAAUCUUUCAUAAAAACUACAAUUUCAUUGUGUUAGUACUCUGGUUCUCUUAAUCAUGAAACCUGCCGAACUAUUGACUGACAGCAAAUAUGCCGAAAAACUGCAAAUUUUGUUUGAUAUUUUGAUAAAUAUGUAAGGAAAUGAUGUGAUACUUCGUAUAUAAACAAAAAAUGAGCAUAUUUAUAUUUAAAAAAUAUGUGUUGUAACCAAUUUCAACGCGUUUUUGCGUAAUUACACGUUUUUAGUUACCCUGCCGCAAAAAAGUACUCUGCCGAAUACUGGUACAGUUACCCUAUUCUAAAAAAAAAAAAAAACUGGGAAAUUAUCACAAACUUUUGCGAUCACUGUUUACCAUCGUACCAAAUGCAUUUUCAGUUAACGGAAUGUUUUGUUUAUUGUUCCCAAUUCCCGUAUCCCGUUUCUCACAUAUGAUACGCAAUAUAUGUACUUCUCAUUCGCACUGCUGCAAUAUUUACGUUUACCAAUAUCGGUUCUUGUGCAUUUCUGGUAUGGUGUGCCAAUUCGUACUACCUUGCACUCAUCUUUUGUAAACUCGUGUUUUGUUUGCAGUGUCAAAUUUGUCUCUGUAUCUCACUCCCUCAUCCCCACACACCCACAUACACUCUCCCCGCACUCUUAAAAUUUUGGCGCGCACGCUACGUACGACACAAUACAAAAGGUCGUUUUAACCGCGCACACUGAUCAAAGUCGCGAUGGUCCAAUCGGAACGCCGACACUCCUCCAAGUAAGAGAUUUGGUGUGAAGAAAAAGUUUUUGUGACCAAAUCGACAACACACACGCGACAACACACAUCGUCACAUCGACCGCCGUCGAUGGAGAAGUGAUGAUCAAAAAAUAGAUCUGUGGGGGAGUGAGGGGGGGGGCGUUGAACAGAAUGGAAGCGUGAGUGAGUCGUCGCGUGUGUGUGUGUACACUCUCGAGAACUCAUUUUUAGCUCUUUCCUAGAACCCACAUGUUUUACAUUUUUCUGACUCUAAGCAACCAAAGUAGAACGGGAUGUAGAAGGCUACUUCAUAUUCUAUUUUUCUUACUACUUCGCAGCGUUUUGAAUCGCUUGGGCAUCGCCUGUACAUUGGUAUUUUGCAUUUUUGUUUGGGGCCUCAACCUUCAUUCCGCUCGGUUGACGAGGUUCCCACAGUGAUACGCGCAGGUUGAGCUUCUGGCGUGGUUUCUGUAGUCCGAUCUUUGCUCCUUUGUUUUCACGAGGUUUGCAUUAACCCAUCGAUUCUUCAUUAGCGUUAUGGAUAAACAUUGCUGCCUUCCUCACCUUUUCCGAGAAUCGAAGAACAACCAUUCCGAUAGCUCAUGAUUCUAAAAUGUGUUUUCACACCUCCAGAUUGGAUACUAUAUUGUUGAAUAAUUCUCUAAUAACUUUUAUCAUAAUUUAUGACAAGUGUUCAUCUUUCCCUUGAUGCCCGUCUUUACUUACCAUCCUCUAGAUAACGAUUUUUGAAAACGCUUUAUGAUAUAAUAAUUUGGAAUUGAAGUAUGAAUAAUCGGCACUCGAAGUGAAUAGUGAACCGGGAAAAUCCCAACCUGGAACAUCCCCCCCCCCUCGAUUGGCCGCAUUUUAUAAUUUAAUCAACUCUAUACUUAAAAUCUCACAUUCUUCUUUGCAAGUCAUUUGUGACCUGCAAAACUACCUUAUACCGGGUAGUCUCGGUUUACUUAAACCCAUUAUCUUUUGAUUUUAUUAAAAAGUUGUCUGUUACAAAUGUGACUUACAACAUGGUUUUCAACAGAUGUCAAAUGUUGCAUUUGUAUCACACACAUGUUUUAGUUUUUUUUGCAUAUUUCGAUGGCAUUUGAAAAUUAUUUAUAUUAUGUAGCAAAUCUUUUUAUAAAAAUUUAAAUUUUAUUGUGAAGCACAUACAACACGUGUCAGCUGUUGAAACACAUUUUGCAAGCAGUGAAUAAUGUUAUCCAGAUUGGAAAGUGAUUUCGAAAACCCUGUACGGCUAUACUAAAGAACAAAGAUAAUCCGAUUAUUCUGACGGUUGCCGGUUAACGGUUUACGGUCCACGAAAUGUCAAAUUAAUAUAAAAAAAUAAUAAAGUUCGAAAAUAUAUCUAUACAAACAAAA